AUGGCGUCCGAUUCCCCGACUAGUUCAGAGUCUAGCAUGGACUCUACCCUAGACGUUUCUCAAUCAGAGGGCUCUAGAGCUAUUCCUCCUAAUCUUCGCUCGAAGGGUGCGAAAUUGGAUUUUGAUUUUGGAAAGCCUCCUAUGGUGUUUACAAGGGCUACCUCAAAAGGGUUCAUCUUAGAGAAGCGCUAUGAGAGUGCUCUAGACGAUCAACUCAUAAAAAUGUAUCCUACCAAACGGAAACGUUUUGGUCGUGAAUCAAGAAGCUGA